ACUAGUAUGGAAUGAGAAUAUUUUGUCAGUUUUGCUUUCUUUGUUUUAUUUUAUACAUACUUUCCCAUCUUAAAUUACUAAAAUGGUGUAAGGGCACCGAAAUAAUUCCUUAAUAAAAUGUAAACGAUACAAAUUUACAGUUUCGAGCUGAAUCGGAGUUUUACCGGAAGUUCUCUGUUUCUUUAAGGGGCCGGAAGUAGUUGACCUCUUCUGCCCCUCCUCGUAUACGCUGUAAAUCCAAAGUACAGUAUAGUGGUCCACAUCCCAUAGUGCACUACGUUUUAAGGUAGGUCCGCACAACAGGCGUCUUUUCCCCGUAAGUGGUUGAAAGGAUGAUCUGCAUCCUGCUGGUAGCUGGUCACGGCACUGUCCUUGAGACACAGAUAAAGAAUGACGUCACGGGUCUGUACGGCCACCUGGCGGGGGUCCCCAAGGCCCUGCUGCCUGGGAUCGGUGGGAGGAAAGUUCUGGAUUUCUGGUGGGAGACCGUCAACACGCGGCAGUUGUUCAGUGAAGUCUAUCUGGUCACAAAUGCAGAUAAGUACAAACACUAUGAACGCUGGGCAACUGCCAAUGGCUUUCCCGUGGAGAAUGUAGUGAACGAUGGAACAACAACUUUGGAGGGCCGUCUGGGUGCUGUGGCAGACUUGGAGCUGGCCAUCCGUAGCCGGAGACUGCAGGAUGACAUCAUGGUGAUUGCAGGAGAUAUGCUUUGUGCUGACCAGAACUUUGACAUUGCGCAGGUGAUUCGCUUCUUCAGAUCUAAGCCUGGAGAGCUGGUCAUAUACUAUGAACUGGAGGAGGGAGAGAAGAGCAGUUCCCGGGGCAUUGUAGAGGUAUGCCCAGACACUCACAGGGUCACGUGCUUCUUGGAGAAGCCACAGCAGGGUCGGACGACAUCCCGCCUGGCCAGUGUGGUCUUCUAUUGCCUGCGCAGGGAGACACUACCCUAUCUUUCACGCUUCCUGUCUUUGCAGCCAUGUGUCCAAAACCGAACUCUGGGCUUGUUCUGGGAGUGGCUGAUCAAUGAGGAGAAAGUACCAGUGUUUGGGAUGAAGCUGCCAACUGGGUUCCAGCUCAUAGGACAGGUGGGUCUGGAUGACUACACCAAGUGGUUGGCGCGAUACUCUGCCAAGCAACAGGGGAGCGCUGGAAAGCCCAUCUCCUACCGCUCCUAUGCCAGAGUUGGACUCAUGGGAAACCCCUCGGAUGGCUUCCACGGUAAAACCAUUGCCAUGACAGUCUCCAACUUCUGGGCUGAAGUCACACUGACAGAAAGUCAGAGUCUGGUGCUCUUGCCACAUCCCCUCAAUGAUCCAACAGAGUUUGGCAGCUUGCAGGACCUCUACUGUAUUAGUUGCAAGGAAGGGUACCUGGGAGGACUGAGACUGCUGCAAGCCACUUGUAAAAAGUUCUACCAAUUCUGCUCCGAGCAGGGCAUUGCACUGUCCAAGCAAAACUUCACUCUGAAGUAUGACACCAACAUUCCACGGCAGGUGGGCCUGGCAGGCAGUAGUGCCAUUGUAUCUGCCACUCUGAAGUGCCUGAUGAAAUUCUUCAACAUCACAGACAGAGACCUCCCAAAACCCAUUCGAGCCAAUUUUAUCCUUAAUGUGGAGACAGAUGAACUUUUCAUCACAGCUGGUCUGCAGGACAGGGUGGUGCAGGUGUAUGAGGGAUUGGUGUACAUGGACUUCAGCAAGGAGCUCAUGGGUAAAAGGGGAUAUGGGGAAUAUAUUCCCAUGGACAUGAGAGACCUCCCCACAUUUUGGCUAGCCUACCUCGGUGACCCAAGUGACUCUGGUCGGAUCCAUAGUAACGUGCGGCAGCGAUGGCUAAAUGGAGAUGCUGAUGUGGUUCAGGCCAUGAAGUCAUUUGCUAAGCUCACCGAUCAGGCCAGAUCAGCUCUUGAGCGCAAGGACUGGCCCAGACUGGCUGAACUCAUGGAUGAGAACUUUGAGCUGAGAAGAUCAGUGUACACAGAGGAAUGCCUUGGUCCUGGGAAUCUCAAAAUGGUGCAGCUUGCAAGACAGUUUGGGUCUUCAGUGAAGCUGCCAGGCAGCGGAGGAGCUGUGGUGGGGCUGUGUUUGGACUCUGAACGACUGAUGGCGAUGAAGGAUGCUUUCCAGGAGGCUGGCUGUGUUUUCUGUGUUAUUGUGCCUUUCAGCCCAACCACCACCAGUUCUCAGUGCAGGAAUUGACAAGGGUGGUUCACUCUGUCAGGCUGAGUGCUUCCCUUCCACAACAGCCUCAACAAACUGAGGAUGAAAAUGGAGCCAAAACCUGUUGGGAUAAUGCACGCUCAGACAUAAAAUUUUGCCAUGCUGACAUAUCAGCUGCACAUGGAGGCAUGAAAAAGUGACUGAUUAUUACAAGUGGAACGGUUCUGUCAUGAAGCAGUCAGUAGAGGCCUUUUAAAUGUGACCCCAUACAACUGUACACUUAACUCUGUUUACUGUAGCUUUAGAAGUAUGGGCUAUUCUUUUUUUAAAGUACAUUUUUUUAAAAUGUAUUUUUGGUACUGAAAGCAAACUGCUUUAACUUUUUACUGUUUUAGUUAUUUGUUUCACCAGCUUACUUGGGUACUAUGAAUUGUGCUGUACCCUGGGGCCAGCAGGUAGUAUAAUGGUUGAGACUGUCACCUUUUAGUCUGAUGGUCUGAUUAAAUAAUAAUAAUAAACGAUAAAAAAGUUGUUUACUUAAUGCUGUAAGUUACUUUGGAGAAAGCCAAAUAAAGGAGAAUAACACGA